AUGAAAAUAUCAAUUUUAUUUUUAUUUUUAUUUUUUAUUUGUUUUAUUGAUUGCGCGCCAUUAAUUAAAACACCACCAUCCCCAGUUGUUUGGUCUGAAUUUUUGGGUAUUAAUGUGCAAUAUGAAUGGUGGAAUGAAACUAUUGUUAAAAAACAAAUUUCUGUUAUGAAAGAUUUAGGUAUUAAAUGGGUACGUGCAAGUGUUCAUUGGGCUGUGUUAGAAGCAACUGAAAAUAAUAUUAAAUGGGAAUACUUAGAUACUUCAAUGAAUUUGAUUAAAGAAAAUGGAUUAAAAUCAAUUGUUACAUUUGUUGGAACUCCAAAUUGGGCAAGUAGUUAUACCAAUGGAAGCCCAAAUACUGAUACAUAUCCACCCAAAGAUGAUUCGGUUUUUGCUGACAGAGUAUUGAAAUUAAAUUCUCGUUAUCCAUUUGUUGAUUAUUGGGAGAUUUGGAAUGAACAAAAUCUAUCACCAGGAUUUUGGAGACCAUACUAUAAUGCAACUAGAUACGAUGAACUGUAUCAAAACACAGCAACCAUCUUAAGAAAUGCAGGUCUUGGUUCCAAACUAGCUGUUGGUGGUAUUGGCUAUUAUGGUAUUUCAGUUGAUAAAGAUAAUAAUCAAGUUGAUAUGGUUGCUGAUUUGAAAGGAUUAGGUACAUUUAAAGACUCCCUAGUUUCAUACCAUCCAUACACUGAUUUACCAGAAGGUGGUUUAAGUGAAGGUAACUAUGCCGAUAAUAUCUAUGGUCAUUACGAAACCAGUAUCUAUGUUAAUAAAAACAUAAGAGAAGGUGGCUCCAAUCAAGUUUGGACUACAGAAUGGGGAUGGUCAUCGGGCACAGAAUCUGAUCAAGUAGAUAGAGAAACACAGGCAAAAUAUACAGUUAGACGUCUAUUAAUUGAUUCUCUAGUUGGCUUUAACAAAACAUUUUUAUUUACAAUUAGCGAUUUGGACGCAAGAGCCUCAUCAAUAAGAGACCAAGGCUAUGGUAUUGUUGAUUUAAAUGUCAAUAAAAAACCAGUAUACGAUUCACUAGCCAGAUUAUUCAACAUUACUGGUUCGUCACUUGAAAGUAUCUCCGCCACCGAUAUGAACAGCUACUUGGACAAAACAAAACUUGGCGAAGAUUUCGUUGGUGUAUUUUAUAAAAAACCCUCAACUAAUACAACUCUAUUUGCAUUUUGGUCGAUUUCUACAAAUAUUUCAUUUAAUCUAAAAACCAACCAAACUGGUAAACUUUAUUCGAUAUCCGACUCCUCCAAUCAAUUUAUUACACCCUCUAAUGGCGCAAUUCUAUUAAACCUAACCUCCGAUGUCCAAAUAUUUGAGUGGCCCUUAUUACAUAGUGACAACUCUAAAGAUGAUGAUGAUAGUUCUAAGGAUAGUGACAGUUUAUCAUUUUCAAAUAAACUGCACUUUGAUUUAUUAUUUAUUUUUAUCUCUAUUAUUUUAUUAUUUUUUAUUUGA